AUGUAUAUAAAGAGAAAACAUUUUAAACUUUUAGAGGUUUCUACAUUGAGGUGGAGUGGAGAAUUGGGUCCAUUGGGUACGUGGGGUCCAGUGGCCAAGGGUAGAGUGGAGAAGGGUUCGUGGAGUGAGGACAUAAUAUCACUCCGUCGAGAAAUAUAUGAAGUCCGACAACGCCUCCCCGACCAUUUGGCUGCUUUCCGGAGUGGGCUUCAACUUAUUUUUUGGUUCACUAAUGCAGUUUGCAUGGGUUGUUAUACUUUGUUGGGCUGUAAAAUCAUGGACGGCGGUGAAGACAAGGAUGACGAUGCUUUGGAGCCAUCUGAGAAUGAAAAUGUGACAGAGUCGAUGAAUGAAGUGGAAGGUGAAACCUCAAGGGGAGAUGGCAUAAUUAUACCCGAGGUGGGAAUGUUGUUCAAAACUGAACAAGAUAUGUAUGAUUUCUAUAAGAGAUACGCUUACACAGUGGGUUUUCCAGUUAGGAAAAGGAAUUCAAAAAAAGGGGACGAUGGAGUUUUGAGAUUCAUGACGUUGACAUGUAGUCGCGAAGGUGGAAAAGUUGGUAAUAGUAGCGGUUCUUUAAAGCCGCAACCAACAGUGAAGAUGGGUUGUAAAGCAAGGAUAUCUGCAUCUUGUGAUUAUCUGGGAAACUGGAGAAUUAACGCAGUAAACCUUGACCACAAUCAUGACACGAGUCCCUCAAAAUCCAGGUUAUAUCGAUGUAACAGACAAUUGAGUGCAGCUAUGAAACGGAAGCUUGAGGUGAAUGAUUUGGCAGGAAUUAGGUUGCAUAAAAGUUACAACUCAGUAGUUGUAGAAGUAGGUGGGUAUGAAAACUUGACUUGUACUGAAAAGGAUUGUCGAAACUACGUAGAACAAGUACGGAGAUUACGACUUGGAGAAGGAGAUGCCGCAGCAAUUCAAUCUUACUUUUCCAAGAUGCAAGCUCAAUGCUCGGGAUUUUACUAUAGCAUUGAUUUGGAUGACGAGUCAAGGCUGAGAAAUGUAUUUUGGGCCGAUAAUCGGUGUAGGCAAGCGUAUAAGGAGUUCGGCGAUGUUGUUUCGUUUGAUACCACUUAUCUUACAAAUAAGUAUGAUAUGUCGUUCGCCCCUUUUGUUGGGGUAAAUCACCACGGACAAUCGACGCUACUUGGUUGUGGUCUAAUAUCAAAUGAGGACACAUCUACUUUUGUAUGGUUGUUCAGGACAUGGCUUGAAUGCAUGAACAAUCGAGCUCCGCAAGGUAUCAUUACCGAUCAAGAUAAGGCAAUGCAAAAUGCAAUUGAGAUUGUUUUUCCCAACACAAGACAUAGAUGGUGUCUGUGGCACAUUUUGAAGAAGUUGCCGGAGAAGUUUGGUUACCACGAGGAUAAGCAUUCGAUAUUUGGGGCUAUACACAGAUUGGUAUAUGAUUCGCAGUCCAUUGAAGAAUUCGAACACAGUUGGAGAAUGAUGAUUGAUAUGUAUGGCUUGUGUGACAAUGAUUGGCUAUCCGGAUUGUGGGAUCAUAGGCGUCGUUGGGUUCCUUGUUUCUUAAAAACCACAUUCUGGGCUGGGAUGUCAACUACACAGAGAAGUGAGAGUAUGAAUGCAUUUUUUGAUGGCUACGUGCAUUCGAAAACCUCGUUGAAGCAGUUUGUGGAACAGUAUGAACGUGCCCUUAGAAGCAAAGUUGAGAAGGAGUUUCAGGCUGAUUUUAAGUCGUUCUCACAGAUGUUACCAUGUGCAACACAAUUUGAAAUAGAGAAACAGUUUCAGUCAGUUUACACAAUCUCAAAAUUUCGUGAAGUUCAACAAGAAUUCGCGGGAAAGAUGUACUGCGACAUGUUGUCUGCUUCGGAUGGAUGUGUUGGUGCGACAUAUGAAGUGCGAGAGACUAUCAUGUAUGAGGGUUCUCGGAGGAAAAAGACAUUCAUGGUGUCACUCAUGAGAGAUAGCUGUGAUAUUGUUUGUUCAUGUCACCUAUUCGAGUUUCGGGGAAUACUUUGCAAACAUGCGAUCACAGUGUUGGAUAGGAAUGACGUCACACAUAUUCCGGAUAAGUACAUACUGCGAAGGUGGAGGAGAGAUAUUCCAAGGGCACACACGAGGGUUGCAGUCAACUACGACGGGUUAGUUAGCACUCCUACACAAUUGAGAUACGAAGAGAUGUGUAAUAGUUUUGCGGAGGUGGCAAAUCUUGCUGCAGAUGAUGAGCAGCGUUCGCGUUUGGUAAUGGAAUGGAUAAAAGUUCAACGUGAAGAGCUUAUGAUUACGGAAUCGAGUGCACGAAAUAAUCCUGUUUCACAAACAAGUGCUCAUGUGGAAGAUCAAUGCACUGACUUACCAAAUAUCACCAAUGUGAGCGCAUUGGAUCCGAAGUCGACUCGAAGAAAGGGAGCGCCAAGGAAACUUAGAAGAAAAAGCCCACUGGAGAUUGCAUCGAAGAAAGCGAAGCUCGGUUCGACAUCGAGCACUUAUAGAAGACCGAGAGCAAGCCAAACAAAUAUUAGUGAUGGAGGAAUCAACAUCGAGCCACCUCAACAACAACAACAAUGUGUGUCGACACCAAUGACCUUCUCCAUUCCACAAUACUCCAUCCCCAUGCCAUUCUCUGUCUCCCAACAUUUAUCAGCUGCACAUUUCAUCCAUCCGACAUCGGCCAACUUUAUGUACACUUCUCAAGGUGACUGUAUGCCGUUAUACUAUCCAAGCUUACCGGACGAAGACAGAAGAGAGAAGACAAGCCCGAGUGUUGAUCUUUUUUCUGAAGCAAUUUCUGUCAUUUAUAGGAAGCUAAAAGUUGCAUUCCAGCUUCCAGUCUUGCCUAAUUUCAAGGUCAGAUUUACUUUAGACAUCAAACAAGGGGGAGGCCCUCAGAGCCAAUAUUGUGAGAUGAUUAUGAACCCAGAAACCCCUGCUUGGUGCUGCCCAACAAAUAUUGGAAACUGCCCACCUUAUCACAUUACCCCGAAUAACACAAAAAUUCACAGAAAUGAUACUGCCAACUUCCCUUAUGGAGCAGAUCACUAUUACAUAGAAAUGUUUCAAAUUACUUCUAAAAACCAAAGUUGA